AUGGCAAUAUCAUCCUACCAGCUGUACAUGCUUAAAGACAGGCGUUUUGAAAGAGAUAUCUGGAUUUACCGUGCCAAAGCGCUUCGCGGGUUUCAAUAUGAGAUUGCACGCUUUCGAGAUGACAUUGAGUCAUCCAAGGGGUGGGAACAAGUCAUUGCCACCUUGAUUAUGCUCACCUUUUUCGAUAUAUCACAAGAUGCCUCACCGGCGUGGCUAAUCCACCAGCGCUGCGCCCGAAAUAUACAGGCCCUCCUUCCUGUUACAAACAGUCUAUCAAUGACCCAAAUGGACUUGUCUCGGUUCUUUCGCUACUAUUUCGCCCAGCACGAAGCCUUUUCGAGGACAGCUUACGAUAUUCUUGAUCCCCAUGCGGCGUGUGUAUCUUGGUUCUCACCUGGACUUGAGGUCGACAUGACGGUUAUCGAUGCCCUGUUGGGAUGCUCACCUGAGCUGAUUUCCUUGAUAUUGGAGAUAUCAAACCUCGCCGCGCAAAGAUUGGCAGUUGCAGGCGCAACCAAAGGCGUUCCCGACGGCAUAUCUUGGCGAGAGAGCGGUCAGGCUAUUUGCGCUUGGCGCAACAAUAUCGAGAGACGUCUUUGCUUUCUGGAACAGGUCCUGCCAUGCUCAUCUUCUCUCUCUAUAGACUGCGAUCAGGAUGGCCAAGGAGCCAUUGAGGAGCUCGGCUAUAUUGCGGAGACGCGCCGGUUGUCAGCGCUGCUGUACAUGUAUUCAAGGCUCGACGGUAUCCCCCCGGGGUUCUCACCCAUCGAUAAGUUGACUACACAAAUACUAACUCUAAUACCUAAAAUAUCCCUUCGUUCCCAUGCCCUUCUAUGGCCUCUCUUCGUUGUGGGCACCAUGGGUAUUGGAGUGGUCAACACGGAGUGCGGAGACGCACAGAGGAUUUUUGUGUUGGAAAGACUGGUGAGCUUGCAGCAGACGCGGCAACUCAAGAAUGUCAGGCGGGCAAGAGAGAUUGUAGAGGCCGUUUGGAAGAUGCGUGAUAUACAAGGUCCAGAAUACAUGGGCGGAUGGUACGAUAUUGGGCGGGUAGAAAGUUACGGUGUGAGCUUAUGUUGA